AUGGGUUUGGUUAUUGGAAAGUUAUGGCGAAGGCUUAUGAGCAGAGAAGAAGUCAAGAUCAUACUUGUCGGUUUGGAUAAUGCCGGAAAGACAACUGUGCUGUAUAAAUUACUGUUAAACGAAGUGGUGGUUACAACACCGACUAUCGGCUCCAACGUUGAGGAAAUAACUUAUAAGAAUAUUCGCUUCCUAAUGUGGGAUCUGGGUGGUCAAGACGCACUGAGAUCGACAUGGAAAACUUACUACGUAAAGACGAAAGCUGUCAUCAUGGUUAUUGACAGUACCGAUAAAAACAGAUUACAUAUCUCCAGGAAUGAACUACAUACGAUGCUGGAAGAUGAAAACUUGAAAAAUGCAGCGUUGCUUGUGUUUGCUAACAAGCAAGAUAUGACUGGGGCAUUGUCUGCAGCGCAAAUAUCCGAAGCAUUGAAUCUAACAGGACUUCGAGAUCGACAAUGGCACAUACAAGCUUGUUGUGCACUGACCGGUGAUGGUCUAUUUGAAGGCUUGGAUUGGAUUGUCGCCCAGAUAGAAGAAGGGGGGAAUUGA